GUCAAAUUUGGUUGUAACAAAUAGUUUAGUGCUAUCAAAAUAACCCCUUGUAUUUAUUUACACUAUGGCGGAUAGUGACGAUGAAUAUGAUCGCAAACGACGUGAUAAAUUUCGAGGUGAAAGAGGCACCGCAGAAGGAAGUAGCUAUCGCAGCAGUGAUCGACGUGAAGAAAGGAGUCGUGGACGUGAUGAGUGGUCGGAGAGGUAUGUUCCUAAUAGCAUUAGAAGUUUCUAAUAUUGACUCAAACAAUUAGUUCAAAACUUAUCUUUUUUCAGAUCCCAACCUCAACCCUCUAUGGAACCUCCUAAAAUUCCCUUCCAUGUCCCUAAACCUACAAAACGUUCUGUAGCUGUAGUUGUAAGGUAUUCAAUGUUGAUAAUCUAUGUAGCUCAUCAUAAAUAGUUGAUCGCCUCCAAAAAUAUGAUUUAGAAUAUGUACUUGUAUUUUAAACCUGAUACAUUCUCCAGAAUUUUAUUAUGUAAUUAUUACAAAAAUAAGUACUUUUUAUAAUAUACAUAAUGGAACUAUGAUAAAUGGCCAUAUGUUCAAAAUUUUUGGUUACAAAUAAAUUUAACAGAGAUUCUUGGGUGGAAAGAUCUCGGGGAGGUCGCUCUGGCCCUGACUAUAGGGAUUAUCGUGGUGGAGCUAGUGCAAGUCGAGGAUACUCACCAGUGAGAGGUGAAGGUCCUCCGAGCAAGCGCAUUCGUCCAGAUUGGCCUGUAGAAGACAGAAGAUAUGGAGGAAUGCCGCAUGAUUCAUAUGGUUCAUAUGGAUGGGCUCAUGAUCAUUUUGGUCCUCAUCCUGCCCAUCAAGGUUAUGGCCAACCUAUGCCACCAGUGCCCGCAAGGGAUGCUGUGGUACCAAUGGGGCCAGCUGAGGCAUCAGGGACAAUGAUGUCCUUCAAGGCUUUCCUAGCUGCCCAAGAUGACUCCAUCACAGAGGAUGAUGCCAUUCAAAAGUACAAUGAAUACAAGCUUGAGUACAGGAGACAACAACUUAAUGAGUUUUUUGUUGCUCAUAAAGAUGAAGAAUGGUUCAAGAUCAAGUAUCAUCCUGAGGAAUCAGUGAAACGUAAAGAGGAACAAUUGUCUGCGUUGAAGAAUCGUUUGGGUGUAUUUCUGGAGUUAUUAGACCAUGGGGAGUUAGAUAAGGUAACAGUUGAUAUUGAUAAAACUGAUAAGUUGAUAAGACUUCUCGACACAGUUGUAAUCAAACUUGAAGGUGGCACAGAAGAAGAUCUAAAGGCUCUUGAUGACCCACCACCACAGGAGAAUGCGAAUUCGAAUGAUAAAUCAGCUAAACCAGAUUCAGAUAAGCCUAUUGUCAUUGAUGUUGAUGCAGUUAAAGUUAAAGAAGAGAAAGUCGAAACAGAGAAAAAGGACAAGGAUAAGAAAGCGGAAUCGCCAAAACCUACCGCGCCAUUGACAAUGGCGAUCGAUCCUCAUCUGCGUCAAUUGCAGGAACAAGCGAAGCUGUUUUCGCGAUUCAAUACUGAGCCGCAGCCAGAACCUGAAGAAAAAGAACCACCUCCACCGGGUUCCUCAUCGAGCUCAUCAUCUUCAAGUUCUUCAUCAUCAAGCUCUGAAGAUGAGGGCGAUACGACCACUCGCCGUAAAUCCAAAUCUAAAUCUAAAUCGAAGAGCCCAGAAAAAUCGCCUAAAAAUUUGGAGAAAUCUGCUUCCCCCAGUGUGGAAAACGUUGUAGAGGCAGUAGACAACGACACUGAAAAAGAAAAGCCCGCUGAAGAAGAUAAGACAGAAUCUGUCAAUGAUGUUGUUGUCGAGAAAAAGGAGUUGCGAGCGCUGCAUAAAACGACAUCAAUAUUUUUGAGAAAUUUAGCACCAACAAUAACAAAGGCAGAAGUUGAAGCUAUGUGCAAACGUUACGGUGGAUUUUUGCGUGUCGCUUUAGCCGAUCCGUCUCCAGAGCGUCGCUGGUUCAGACGCGGUUGGGUCACCUUUCGCCGUGAAGUGAACAUCAAAGAUAUUUGUUGGAACCUAAACAAUAUUCGCCUGCGUGAAUGCGAAUUGGGUGCCAUAGUGAACCGUGACUUGCAACGUCGUAUUCGUCCCGUGUCCGGGGUAACGCUCGAGCGGGCGGUGAUGCGAGCAGACGCGCGGCUAGCCGCUCGUCUAGCUCACCUACUCGAUACACGAACGAAAUUAUGGGAGAUCGACGAAGACACGCAAGGAAGCGAUACAACUAAUAACACCAAUUCAGCAGAGAACUUCAGUCUGAAUUCGAAAAAUCCGGUGCUCCACAAAAUAACUGAACACCUAAUUGAAGAAGCGUCUACCGAAGAAGAAGAACUGCUCGGUCUAGAAGCUUCGUCAGAGUCAGCUGCGCAAGAGCAACCAGAUCCUGACCUUAUGCGUGUAUUGGACAGACUCGUGCUAUACUUACGUAUUGUACAUUCUGUGGACUACUAUAACCACUGCGAAUACCCAUAUGAAGAUGAGAUGCCAAAUCGCUGCGGUAUAAUGCACGCUCGUAGCGGGCCCCCGGCUAAUAAGCCGAGUCAACAAGAAGUGCAAGAUUAUAUAAAAACUUUUGAAGGCAAAAUGUCAGCAUUUUUACAAGAUAUGAAACCUCUUUCAGAUGAAGAGCUACAUAAAUUAGGAAUUAAGGAUGCAGAUGCUGAAGUAGAAAAGUUUAUUCAAUCUAACACACAAGAGUUAUCAAAAGACAAAUGGCUGUGCCCAUUGAGUGGCAAGAAAUUUAAAGGUCCUGAUUUCAUAAGAAAGCACAUAUUCAACAAACAUGCAGAAAAGGUGGAUGAAGUACGCCGCGAGGUAGCAUAUUUCAACGCGUACGUGCGUGACGUCAGAAGGCCGCAGCAACAAGCGCCGCCGCCGCGAAACCCACCGGCCGCUGCGCAUGCGCCGCCCCCCACUCCAUACGGCGGUGGUCACGGCGGGGGCCCGGCGGCGGGGCGCGGGUGGGGCUGGGGCGGGUGGGUUCCUCCCGCGCCCUAUGCGCCCCGGCAUCCGCGCUUCACGCGCCCCAGGGGCGGAGGCGCCGAGUUCCGCGCUGUCAUACACUACCGCGACUUGGACGCCCCGCGCGAACCAGACGAAUUCGUAUAGUGGGACCAACGACUUGCCAAAGGACUCGCAUAAAGUCAUUUUAUGUAUUAUCGCUAACUGUAAAUAUUAUUUAGUAUACCGUGUUUACAGUAGCUAAUAGGUUUUUACAAUAUGUCACAAAAGCUUAGGUGAAUGUUAGUUUGAAAUAUAUAACUUACGUG